CAAGAGGUGUGACCAGACCCCACCCUUACACAAAGGAAAAGAUUGAACACUAACAUCAAAAGGCCAUGGUAAUGGUAAACCCUCUAAAUUAUUGGGGAAGACAAAAGAAUGAGAAAGAAAGGUGCCCCUUCUUUCGCUUCUACUAGUACUACUACUAUACUCAAACAAAACCAAAUUGUGGAAUGAGAAUGGCAACAGAGAGAGAGAGAGAGUAGUAAUUGACCCAUCAAACAAACCAACAUAACCCAUCCCAUGUAAUGUAAAUUGUAGAGAGAGUGAACACUGCCACUGUGUGUAUAUAGUAUGUAAACUCCUCCCAACAGACAGACACGCCUCUCAAUUAUUUGUGUCCAUUUCUUCUUCCCAUAUUGUUCUCGUGUGUUGUGUGUGUCAGUGUUUUGGUGUGUGUGAGAGUGAGUCAUUAGAUUAGAUUGGAGUGAGAGAGAGGAAAAAAAAGAAAGAAAUAGUGUGUUGUGUUGUUGGGUGGUUUACACUCUCCACAACGCCAAGAUGCCACGCCCAGGGCCAAGGCCUUACGAGUGCGUGAGGAGAGCUUGGCACAGCGAGCGCCACCAACCCGUCAGAGGUUCCAUCAUUCAGCAGAUUUUCAGGGUCGUCAAUGACGCCCACAGCCCCGCGACCAAGAAGAACAAGGAAUGGCAGGAGAAGCUCCCCGUCGUUGUUCUCAAGGCCGAAGAAAUCAUGUACUCCAAAGCCAAUUCCGAGGCAGAGUACUUGAAUCCUGAUACGCUCUGGGACCGCCUCAAUGAUGCCGUGAACACAAUCAUACGGAGAGAUGAAACCACCGAGACGGGUGACCUCUUGCCCCCAUGUGUUGAAGCCGCACUUAACCUGGGUUGCAAACCUGUGAGAACUUCCAGAAGUGAUCGGCACAAUAACCCCAGGACUUACCUUUCCCCAAGAAAUCAACAACCUCCUGCGUCUCCUAAACCUGUUGGUGGGAAUCCCUUGAACUAUGCCAAAGUCACAACUUCUGCAGUGUCACAGAUUCCUGUGUCAGAUAACUACCCCUUCUCGGAAAGCCUCCCUUCUGCUCGUCAUCAUCAGCGAUUGACAAUGGAAGCUAGACCCUCACUGAACUUGGGUUCAGUUUACCCAUUGUACUACGGUUAUGAAGCUAGAGAGCCUCAACCAAGAACGACCGCCAGAGAUACCACUUGUUCUGACACAAUCUUUGUUGGAAGACCAGUCAUUCCAGUCCCAGAACCAUCUGGAAUUGGUCUGUUAGAAAACUUCUCCUAUGGUAGAUUCCAACACGUUCCAAACAGAAUGGCUAUAGAAAGGGCUGUAGGCACCCAGGAGGCACCAGAUAGGGAAUGCGAUUUGUCUUUGAGGUUGGGUCAAUGUCUGCAUCCGUGUUCAAGCAGCAAAAGUAGUUCAGCAUUUGAAUUAGAUGAUAUUGGUUUAGGAGUUUCACUCGAGGGCAGCAAGUUUAGCCAUCUAUCUUUGCAGAGAAAUAAAGAGUUCUGUUUUUAUCCUAGAGAGACACAUUAUGGUACCCUUGACUCCUCCACUUCUGGUAAAUAUAAUGUAGAGGGUGAUGAUCAGAACUUAGAGGCAACACUUCGGAAGCGCAAAGCACGUUACAACGAGGAGGAUGGGCAAUUUUGCCGGCAUCUAGGGGUCCCAUCCAAUCGUUUUACUGGUAGGCCAGCUGUAGGUGACGGGACUAAGGCUUUGACCAGACUCAAAAUAUGCCUGUUCAACUUUGUAGAAAGGUCGAAUGAGGAAUUCUUUGGUGGGCAUUGCUGCCUACCAUAUACAAUCUGUGCAUCAACAUUAAAUAAAUGUGCUGCUAUGUUGAUCAGAUAUGCAAUUAUUUCUUAAGAAUGCCUUUACACCUGUCAAGUAUUGAACUGCUCGCCCAAAGAUUUUCUGAGGAUCCUGUGUACUUGUCGGAUUCAUGGACCACAUUAGCAGUGUCCAUGCUUGGAUAUGGACAAGGAAUCAGUUUGAAGUCUAUCCGUCCAAGUGUGUUAGGAGUGAGUUUCAAGACAUCAUAAGGAUAAUAACAUAACUUCGAUAUGGUAUCUUGAGAUUAUUAGCACAACUUCCUGCAGUACCCGGGGCCGAUUUAAGAUGGGCUUUUGGUCCUUACAUUUGGCUAAACAAAGAUAACUCUUGUUACGGGGCCUUAUUGACUCUUGAUUUGUAAAAAAUGAAAUUUGGUUAAGGCAUAGGUAUUGGAGUUAUUAUUUGACAUGUGGGGUCCUAUUAAAAACGCACUUAAGAUAGCCUUUAUUGUAGGUGUCAAAUAAUAA